CACUUCCGAUAACCAUUUGUUAUUGCCCGUUAGCUUAACGCAACGGGGGGCAACAGCGAGCGAAGCUACCAGGUUGUAAAGUGCAACAAAAUGAAAGCUUUCGGAUAACUUUGCUUUUUUGUUACCGCGCAGACACGGAUUUACUUUGUUGGCUAAACUGUUAUCGUGUCAUUUGUGUGCCUGGGAAGAUCCAGUGGGCUACACUGAAACCCGUCGGGCCUCGUCGUCGUGGCCCAGCAGGACUCGAGUGAAGUUGGAGCCAAACUUCUGCUUCCUCCAGCGGCUCUCUGCAGGGCUCGGGGCUCCUGUCACCGGCCCUGUGGAUGAGGAAGUGACUCUAAAUCUACCAGGAGAAAGGAAUCCCUUUGAUGGGAGAAUCCUCUUUCCUGGCCUCCUGGGUCAAUCCCCGUGCCAUAAAGAUGGAUGAGCAGGAGGCGCUGAACUCGAUCAUGCAGGACUUGGCCGAACUGCACCGCUCUAGCCGCCCUGCCACGUUCCUGUCGGACCUGGGCAAACCCAAAGCCUCCUCGCCCAAAAACCAGAACGAUGUCAGAGUGAAGUUCGAGUUCAAAGGGGAGAAGAGGAUCUUGCAGUUCUCUCGACCCGUCAAGCUGGAAGACCUGAAGGCGAAAGCCAAAGUGGCUUUCGGUCAGACGAUGGACCUUCACUACACCAACAAUGAGUUGGUGAUUCCGCUGACCACUCAGGAUGACCUGGACAAGGCUGUGGAGCUGCUGGAUCGCAGCGUUCACAUGAAGAGCCUGAAGAUCCUCCUGGUGCUCCAGAUCUCCUCACAGAAUUCUUCCUCCAAUAUGGACCUCUUGCCGUCCCACGAGGAGCUGGACAACACGAGAUUCAGGGUCGCUGACAAGAAGAGUAUGCUCGCUUUGCUAGGCUCCCAUUCGACGGACCGCAGCUCCCCUCCACCAGGAUACAUUCCCGACGCACUCCAGCAGGUGGCGAGGAACGGCUCCUUCACCAGCAUCAACAGCGAGGGCGAGUUUAUCCCAGAAAGUAUGGACCAGAUGCUGGACCCGCUGUCGAUGAGCAGUCCGGAGAACUCUGCGUCUGGAAGUUGUCCCUCUUUAGACAGCCCUCUGGACAGCGACUACCCGAAGUCCAGGAUGCCGCGAGCACAGAGCUACCCAGACAACCACCAGGACUUUCCAGAGUACGACAUCCCAGUGUUUGAGAAGUCGGGGAAAGGUGGGACGUACCCUCGACGAUACGGCAUUCCCUUCGGCCUUCAAGAUUACAGUGAUGGGAGGAAGACCUUCCCACGGGCUCGGCGUACACAGGUCCACGGCUUCCGCUCGCCUGUUAACUUCAGCCCGACUGAGCAGUCGCCCAGCACCAGCAGCGGCAGCAGUGUCUUCACCCCCGACCUAGAGGAGGCCCCGGGGCCCGCCAGGAGGCCGCGGAGGGGCAGCGACAUUGAACCCAACCCUAACCCAACGGCCGCUCCAACCCUGUCUGUAAUGGACAUCAGCCCACCCAGCCGCUCUCCACGCGCCCCAACAAACUGGCGUCUCGGAAAGCUCCUGGGUCAGGGGGCCUUUGGACGGGUUUUUCUCUGUUAUGACGCCGAUACUGGACGGGAACUGGCGGUCAAACAGGUCCAGUUUGACCCGGAGAGUCCGGAGACCAGCAAGGAGGUGAGCGCCUUAGAGUGUGAAAUCCAGCUCCUGAAGAAUUUGUGCCACGAGCGGAUUGUCCAGUACUACGGCUGUCUGCGAGACACAAUGGAGCGAACGCUCUCCAUCUUCAUGGAGUACAUGCCUGGCGGCUCCAUUAAGGACCAGCUAAAGUCAUACGGAGCGCUGACGGAAAACGUGACGCGCCGAUACACCCGUCAGAUCCUAGAGGGGGUUUCCUACCUGCACAGCAACAUGAUUGUCCACAGAGACAUCAAAGGGGCCAACAUCCUUCGUGACUCGGUGGGUAACGUGAAGCUGGGAGACUUCGGGGCCAGCCGCCGGCUGCAGACCAUCUGUCUGUCAGGGACAGGCAUCAUGUCUGUGACCGGCACCCCCUACUGGAUGAGCCCAGAAGUUAUCAGUGGAGAGGGAUACGGCAGGAAGGCUGACAUCUGGAGUGUUGGCUGCACCGUAGUGGAGAUGCUGACGCAGCGACCCCCGUGGGCGGAGUUUGAGGCCAUGGCGGCCAUCUUUAAGAUUGCCACCCAGCCCACCAACCCCGUGCUCCCUGCCCACGUGUCGGACCACUGCCGAGAGUUCCUCAAACGGAUCUUUGUAGAGACUAAACAGCGGCCGUCUGCUGAUGAGCUACUGAGGCACAUCUUUGUACAUUAACCCCUGAACCUUUAACCCCAACCCCCCACCCCCCCCCCUGCCUGCUGAACUGCCAGAUACGGCCUUGCCCGAUGGGGCGUCUGACCCCGCCCCUGCCCCCUCCACGCUGAAACCAUAUUGGACCAGGACAAACUGGCUGGAAGAAGGUGGGGUGUGUCGAGGGUGUGUCUGUCUCUGUUUGUAUGAGACUGCCAUAGAGGACAUGAAUUUUUAUUUUAUUUUUCUCCGCAAGUUGCACCUUAAUUUCUCAAACAAGGAGGGAUGGAGCACUUCCUCCUGAAGCGAUGAAAACGUCUCCUUUUUAAUGUUUGUACGUCAAGCGUUUGGGAGUGGGAUAGUGUCGGUGUUGUGGACCUACAGGAGGGGAUGCCUGACUCUGGAGUGGCCCUGCCCCCCCCCCCCACCCUCCCCCCCCUUCUCGCUGACCUGACCCCAGAAUGUAGUCUCCUGCCAAAAGCCAGAGCGCCGGUGAUGACCUGGGCCCGCUGCUAAAGACGAAACGAACCCCCUAGAUGCAGAGAACACUCCCCGAAAACGGUUUCCACUCACAUUGCCCUCAUCCCUCCUCCUCUUCCUCUCGGUCUUUCUGAUCUGUCAGACGAAAUGUUUUGUCGGUCUGCUUCACUGUCUGUGUACUACCUUCCCUCCUCUUCCUCCUCCAUCUUUGCCGUGUGCCUUUUCUGUUUUUUAAAACGCAGUGCUGGAGCGAGUCUUGAGUACAUGGAUCAUUUCCGUCGUUCUUACCCUCAAGGUUUCUCAGUGUUCUUUUUGCCUCCCAGAUAAACUGCCUUUGCACCGUUAGCCCAAAUCCAGCUGAUCUCAGUUCAGCCGUUAUGUCCGUUUCUGCCUUUUCCGUACCAGGGACUCCUGGUGUUGAACAGGGAGCGUCCUGAUCUCACCUGCUCUACCUGCCUGCUCUGGCUGGGAACCAAAUGUCCUUCAGACCUUCUGCUUGUGCUGGUUUACUAGUGAAAUAUAGUGGAGGUGGAUUUUGGGAUGUAGCAGCUGACUGGUACUCGACAGGGAUUGGUACUCCUGCUUCGGUCUUUAAAUUUUUUUCUUUUGAAAUGUACCCUUCUCUCCUCUGCUUCUCAAAGUCUCACUGUUGAUUGGUCGAGCUCUUGUCAUGGCAGAUCGGAGGGGGAUUAGUGUGAGAAAGUCGCCACCAGGAGGUCCGUUUAGUGUUGAUAAAUGUUGCUACGUUUUAGCAGCUCACAUUCUGGAAAUGUUGCACGAAUGGACAUCUGACUGGUGAGCAGAACAUUUCAUCUCAAUCACUGGAUGCAAACUAAAAAGUGUGUAACGAACUCGUUGACAUUCGUAGCUAGUGAAUAUUUAGUUUCUUUCAGUCAUCUAUGAAGGUACAUUCAAUAGCUUUGGCUUUUGGAUGAUUGGGUCAAGAAAAACGUUUUUUAUUUACCAAACAAUUAAUCAAGAAAAUUAUUAAUGAACGUGAUCUCUAGUUGCUGCCCUGAAAUCAAAAUUUUUAUUGAAAUCAGGAAACGUGCUAGAAAAUGCCAGACUUCCUGUAUUCUGCCGUGACACCAGAUGAUUCCUGGAAGCAGGAGAGAGGCGCGUUUUGAAGAGUGUCGACCUGCUGCAAAG